AUGGCAUCAACACCAGAACUUUCCAUAGUCUGUCUCUCUGUUGUGUUGUUUUUCCUCUCGCUUUCUUCUUCUUAUGCAAUCUCUCAUGGCCUCAACCAUGACCCUGCCACCUCACCACACUUACACUCACAUGCACAAAAACUCAUACGAAGCCUUAACAUAUUCCCAGAGGAAUCAAUUAACAUCAUAGAGGAUGACCAUGCUGGUUUUGUCCCUGGUCAGAUCGUCGAGAAGAACUUCUCGUUCCUUGGUCAUUCUGGCCCUUCUGUUGAAGACCUUGGUCACCAUGCAGGCUACUAUUCACUUCCUCGUUCCAAAGCUGCAAGGAUGUUCUACUUUUUCUUUGAAUCACGAAAGAACAAGAACGAUCCUGUUGUGAUAUGGUUGACUGGAGGACCAGGAUGUGCAAGUGAAUUAGCUUUGUUCUACGAAAAUGGUCCUUUUCAUAUUAACAAGAACUUGUCUCUUAGAUGGAAUGAUUACGGCUGGGAUCAGGCAUCAAAUAUUAUAUUCGUGGACCAACCAACAGGGACAGGUUUUAGUUACUCUUCUGAUAAGAGUGACCUUCGCCACGAUGAAACCGGCGUUAGCACUGAUUUAUAUGAUUUCUUGCAGGAGUUUUUCAAGGCGCAUCCUAAUUUCGUUAAGAAUGACUUCUACAUCUUUGGUGAAUCAUAUGCUGGACACUAUGUUCCUGCACUUGCAUCUCGGAUUAACAGUGCAAAUAAACAAAAACAAGGACUUCAUAUAAACCUCAAGGGUCUUGCUAUCGGUAACGGGUUUACCAAUCCUGCAAUUCAAUACGAAGCAUACCCAGAUUUUGCAUUACAAAGCAGAAUAAUUACAAAGGCUCAGUACGACAUCGUCAGAAAGUCAGUCCCACUCUGUGAUCGAGCCAUUAAAAAUUGCGGUACAACUUUCCCAUUUAGCUGCCUCCUUGCGUUAGAAAUUUGUGAAAACAUACUCGGUCGUAUACUGUCUUUUGCCGGCAACAUUAAUUACUUUGACAUCAGAAAGAAGUGUGAGGGGAGUAUGUGCUAUAACUUCACAAACGUGGAGACGUUGCUAAACAUGCAGAAAGUGAAGAGUGCUUUAGGUGUGAGGGGUGACUUGAAGUAUAACUUAUGCAGUAUAAAAGUUCAUAAUGCUAUGGCGGAAGACACGAUGAGAAACCUGGAAGUGGGGAUUCCUGCUCUUCUCGAAGAUGGAAUCAAGUUGCUGGUGUAUGCUGGGGAAAAAGAUCUCGUAUGCAAUUGGCUUGGGAAUUCAAGAUGGGUUCAUGCCAUGAAGUGGUCAGGCCAAAAUGCCUUUGGAAAAUCUCCUGUUGUGAAAUUCAUGGUUGAUGGUGCUGUAGCAGCUUCUCUUAGAAGCCAUGGACCUCUCUCUUUCCUCAAGGUACAUGAGGCUGGGCACUUGGUCCCUAUGGAUCGACCAAAAGUUUCGCUUCAGAUGUUCAAACGUUGGAUGGGAGGGAAAAUGAAAAUCAAAGGAGAUAAUUAA